AUGGAAGGAUGUCCCUUCUCUCAAGCUGAAAUAAUCAAGCGCUGUUCGACCGCCGCUUUCCCAGAGGAGCACAUUGGUGGAGCGCCGUACGGCAACAGAGUUCUCCAGCUCAGUGCAACGGUUGCCGUCAAGUAUGGCGUCGGUCUCACCCAGGAUGAGGCAGCGAACCAGCAGAGAGCAUAUGAUCUUCUCGAUCGAGAGAUUGUGCGUGUCCCGAAAGUGUUUACUUUCUUCCAGGACGAUUCUGAUCGUCGAGGAUACCUGGUGAUGGAGUUUAUGGAAGGGAUAUUGUCGGCCAUCCUGGACCAUUUUGCAAGCAUAAAAUCAUCAAACCCAGGUUCACUCGGAGGCGGUCCGUUGACGGCCCUCCUCUUUGGUGAAUCCGAACCCCCGACUUUCAGAACAAUUCAGGAACUCGAAGCGUGGUUGAAUGAGAUACUUCUGGAUCCAGGUUCGAGGGUAACGCUCGCGGAUUCCGACUUGGUCUUAUGCCAUCUCGACCUUUUCCUCCGAAACAUUCUCUGGGCUCAAGGCCAGCCGCCAUGUGUUCUGGACUGGGCUACCGCCGGUUUCUUCCCUCGGAUGUUCGAGAGGUGCUCCCAUCUCAUUAAGCCCGAACCAGCAAGCUGGCAGGUUGUGCUUAACGUCCAGAUUUCGCCGGACGAAGAUUAUCAAUGCGGUUUGAUCAUGAAAGCUUGGAGGAACGAUCAGCGAUUCUCAUUUUCAAAAACCAACUACUACAAAGACUUAUAUGGUGCAGGUAUCCGCGGCUCUGCACCUGUGACUCUUCCCCCAUUACCGCCUUUACCGACCAAUUGGCUGAAGGAGUAUUUGAGCGAGAGCGCGCAAAAUUGA